ACGCGAACUAGAACAAAGAGGAAUUAAACAGAUUUUGUUUUUUAAAUAAGCAUUGUGAAAGUAAAAAAAAAAAAAAUCUAGCCAGUUGUCUUACUCUGCUUUUGAAGGGGGCUAUUUAUUUAUCUACCUAUCUGGAUUGAUUGAUCAUGCCUGGUGCAGUAACGCAUAACGGAAACCCAGUGAUGAAUUGUCCGGGUCUUGAGGACCCGACACUUUUAAGGCAUUUUAAAGGCCAUAAAGAUGCUGUUACGUGUGCAGAUUUCAGUCCCAACAACAAGCAGCUGGCUACUGGAUCGAAUGACAAGACUGUCAUGAUAUGGAACCUCAACCCCAAAUCCAGAGCGUUUAGGUUUAUCGGCCAUCAGGACGUCGUCACCGCGGUACACUUCUCCCCGUCUGGAGAGCUGCUGGCUUCUGCGUCGAGGGACCGGACCGUGAGAUUAUGGACACCCAGUAUCAAAGGAGAGUCGACGGUGUUUAAAGCACACACGGCCAGCGUGCGCAGCGUGAGCUUCUCGGCUGACGGUCAGAGACUGGUCACUGCCUCGGACGACAAGUCUGUCAAAGUCUGGAGUGUGCAUCGGCAGAAAUUCAUCUACUCUCUCAACCAACACACCAACUGGGUGCGCUGUGCCAGGUUUUCCCCAGACGGGAGGUUGGUGGCGUCGUGCGGUGACGACAGGACGGUUCGUCUCUGGGACACGUCCACUCGUCUGUGCGUCAACACUUUCUCUGAUUACGGCGGACCAGCAACGUUUGUGGACUUCGACAGCAGCGGGACGUGCAUCGCCUCCUCGGGAGCGGACAACACGCUGAAGAUCUGGGACAUCCGGACCAACAAACUCAUCCAGCACUACCAAGUCCACAGUGCUGCAGUCAACAGCUUCUCCUUCCACCCUUCGGGGAAUUACCUGAUCAGCGGCUCCAGCGACAGCACCGUCAAGAUCGUCGACCUGCUGGAAGGACGACUUAUUUACACACUCCAUGGCCACAAGGGCCCGGUCUUGGCGGUGACGUUCUCUCGUGAAGGAGACCUCUUUGCGUCGGGUGGCUGUGACUCUCAGGUGCUGAUGUGGAAGACGAACUUCGACACUCUGGACUACAGGGAGACGAUGAGCCGACACAGGAAGCGCGUGACACCGGACCCUCCCCCUCACCUGACCGAUAUCUUCCCCCGCUCGCCACACCUGCACCGCGCCGCCGCGGAGGUCGGGCCCCUCGCCGUGGAGAUCAACCCCGGGGUCACCGACGUCCACACGGCUCAUCCUCAGGUGCUGGAGGUGGGAGAGGAUCCGUUCUACACUCGGGCUGCAGGUCGUCACGCAAGUGGGAUCACUGGCCCCAGAGAGCGUCCAAGUACCAGCGCAGGAUUACCAUCCACCUUUACGCACAUGCAACACCAGGAGGAAGCCAGCGAAGAGGAGAUUUUUCAGCCAAGGGUCACAGACUUGCAGAAGGAGCACUCUGAAUCUUCUCCAGCGUUAAGAAGCACAUUGGAGCACAUCGUUCAACAGCUGGACAUCCUGACUCAGACCGUGGCUGUACUGGAAGAGCGUCUCACGCUGACAGAGGACAAGCUGAGAGAGUGUCUAGACAACCAAGCUGUUAUUCUGGAGCAGAUGCAGCAAAGAGACGAGAGGCGCUGAGGGUCCGGCGGUUUGACACACGCGUCCCGUCGUCGGAGUAUAGGAGACUCACUCCUCCCUCUUAACCCUGGGGAACUUUCCUCAGCUUCAAAAAGGAACGGAAGGAAGAGCAAGAUAGAGGUCGGAGGGCAGUAAGGAGUGGGGCAGUGGGGGGGAAGGUGGGGGGGAGACGGUGGGGGUGUUUUAAAGGAUCCUGUAGCAGUCUCUCCCAGAAAUUCAUUAAGUCCCUGCGGAUGAGACAGCUGCAGCGAGGAAAAACAUCCCGGCCUUUGUUUUGACAGCAGCACGGGGCGGCAUUCUUCACAACAGCCACUGCGACGACACGUCUGCAAGACAGACGUCUUUGUUUCUCUCUUUUUCUUUCACUUUUUUCCUCGUUUGUCCUCAUCGUGUGGAUGUAACUUCUGUGUACAUUUAUAUUUUAAUUAUUUUAAUUAAAAAUAAAUAAGUGUGAUCUUG